AGGAAAAGGGUGCCACCCUGUUGGAGGAAAUUACCAGUUACUUGGAAAAGCGAUGACGGAGGUCAAGCCCGUCAAGCCAGUCGCUCCUGGUACACUUUCUCUUUGGAGGCGGUUUGGGCCAUCUGAAACAACAGUUCGAGGAGCUGUCAUUGGCGGUAUUACUGGAGGUAUUGAAAUAUGUAUCACGUUCCCUACCGAAUAUGUUAAAACACAAUUACAACUUGAUGAAAGAUCUGCAAAGCCAAAAUUCAAGGGUAUUUUUGACUGCGUCAAGCAAACCGUUAAAGGACAUGGCGUGUUUGGGCUUUAUCGAGGCUUAUCAAUAUUGAUAUACGGCUCCAUUCCUAAAUCUGCGUUCAGGUUCGGCACCUUUGAGUACCUCAAAGGAAAGGUGAAAGAUGAUCGAGGAAACCUGACCCCAUUUCAGCGAUUAUUUUGCGGAUUAGGAGCAGGAUUAUCAGAAGCUGUGUUUGCUGUCACUCCUAUGGAAACAGUCAAAGUCAAAUUUAUCCACGAUCAAGCCCUUGAAAAACCCCGAUUUAGAGGGUUUAUUCAUGGCCUUAGUUGUAUUAUAAAGGACGAAGGAAUUGGGGGAAUCUACAAAGGUGUCACAGCAACAAUGUUGAAACAAGGCUCAAAUCAAGCUAUGCGAUUUUUUGUUAUGGAAACAUUAAAAGACUGGUAUCGAGGUGGUGACAACAGCGUUGUCGUACCCAAACCUAUUGUUGGUAUGUUUGGUGCGUGUGCUGGUCUGGUUUCUGUAUAUGGUAACACUCCUGUCGACGUAGUCAAGACAAGAAUGCAGGGAUUAGAAGCAAGCAAGUAUAAAAAUUCGUUGCAUUGUGCUAUGCAAAUAUGGAAACACGAAGGAUUUUUUGCCUUCUACAAAGGAACCGUUCCUCGGCUGACUCGAGUCUGUAUAGAUGUUGCAAUCACAUUUAUGAUCUACGACUCCAUUAUUGACUUCCUGAAUAAGAAGAUUGAAGAAAAGCCUGCUAAAGAAAAUACUCAGUCACUUAAAAAGAUAACGGAUGCGAAGCCCAUCAAGCCUGUGGCACCCGGUGCGCUCUCUUUAUGGAGACGAUUUGGACCGUCUGAAACAACAGUGCGGGGAGCUAUCAUUGGCGGUAUCACAGGAGGUAUUGAAAUUUGUAUCACAUACCCUACAGAAUAUGUUAAAACACAAUUACAACUUGAUGAACGGUCGGCGAAACCAAAAUUUAAGGGUAUUUUUGACUGCGUUAAGCAAACUGUAAAAAAUCAUGGCGUGCAUGGACUUUAUCGAGGUUUAUCAAUAUUGAUAUACGGUUCAAUUCCUAAAUCUGCCUGGAGGUUCGGCACCUUUGAGUGCCUCAAGAGGAGAGUCAAAGAUGAACGAGGGAACUUAAGACCAUUCCAGCGAUUUAUUCACGAUCGAGCACUUGAGAAACCUCGGUUCAAAGGAUUUAUUCACGGUCUUGGCUGUAUUAUUAGAGAUGACGGAAUUGGGGGUAUCUAUAAAGGAGUCACGGCGACAAUGGUAAAGCAAGGCUCAAAUCAAGCUAUGCGAUUCUUUGUUAUGGAAACAUUGAAAGACUGGUAUCGAGGUGGUGACAAUAACGUGAUCGUACCCAAGCCUAUUACUGGUAUGUUCGGUGCAUGUGCCGGUCUGGUUUCCGUCUAUGGUAACACUCCCGUCGACGUAGUCAAAACAAGAAUGCAGGGAUUAGAAGCGAGUAAGUACAAAAACUCAUUGCACUGCGCCAUACAAAUAUGGAAACACGAAGGAUUCUUUGCUUUCUACAAAGGAACAGUUCCCCGGCUGACUCGAGUUGUCAUCGAUGUUGCAAUCACAUUUACGAUUUACGAUUCAAUUGUUGACUUUCUUAAUAAGCAUUGGAGAAAACCGAUUAGUUAG